AUGCCGGCACCGCUAUUUUUUUCCGGUUAUUACGUUAUGAAAAUUUUACGGUUAUCGAUAGUCGCCCUGCUAUCGCUGCUGCCCGUCCUGGCGCUGUCCCAAACCGGCCCGAAGCAGUUCGAGUACAACCUGACCCAGUACACCAGGACCCUGCCGGAGGACCUGCGGCCCAUCGUCCGAAGGGCCUUGGCCGUCGAGAGGCAAGCGGCGGCGACGGGGAAGUGGUCGAGGGCGCUCUGCCAGCCGGAGGAGGCGGUCGAUUGCCCGCCGAUGAAGUUCCGGCGGGCGUCGGGCGAGUGCAACAACGUCCGGCAUCCCAAAUGGGGCAACAGGGGCCAGAAGUUCCUGCGGUAUUUGGCGCCCAGCUACGCCGAUAAAAAAUCCCAACCGAAGCAAUCGGUCAGCCAGCAUUCGCUGCCCAGCCCGUUGGACAUCGCCUCGACCCUGCAAAACAACCCCGCCACCCAGCACGAUUCCAUCACCGCCUUGGUGGGAGCUUGGACCGAGCUGCUCCUGCACGAUCUGGCCAGCACGGGCAACAUGAAGAGCCAGGAUUGCUGCAGCGACAACGCCAAGAAGCACGGCGAGUGCUUCGGCAAACUGGGAAACGGCCAAUGCAGGGAGUACAUGAGGACCCUGCCCGCCGUCGAUAUGGAUUCUUGUAAAUUUGAAUACAGAGACCAGAUGAAUUUGGCCACGUCCUUCCUGGAUGCAUCGGCCAUUUACGGCAACACCGAUGAACAAGUGGAGAACCUGCGCACCUACGACGCCGGUUUGGUGAACGUGUCGGCCUGUUCGGCGUGCAGAUCGAACGCCCUCUACUCGGCCAUACUGAAGGAGCACAACCGGGUGGCCAUCGAUCUGGCCCGAUUGAACAAGCACUGGACCGACGAGGUGCUGUUCUACGAGAGCCGCAGGAUCGUCAUCGCCGAAUUGCAGCACAUCACCUACAACGAGUACCUGCCGAUCGUUAUCGGAGAGGAGGCUAUCGUGCAUUCGCAGUUGGAGCUCAAGACUCACGGGAGGUUCUCGAAAUAUUCCAGUACUCAGAAGGUCGGGGUUUAUAACGAAAUAGCUAUUUCUGUACUGCCGGUGCUACUGUCUAUGUUACCGAAAUCUGUUAUGAAUGAAAGUAUAAGCACUUUCGCUGAAAUGGUGGACCUCUUAAUUCGAACACCAGCUAAUAUACCGAGCGUUCAUAUAAUGGUACCGAUUAGAGCGGAAUGGGAUACAGCCUCGCUGUUUAUCCACAUGGGACGAGACCACGGAAUACCAUCGUACACGAAUUACCUAAAAUAUUGCACGAACUCCGCCAGUAAAAAACCCCUCACCUACGAAAACCUCACAAACUAUGGCAUCAAAGACGAAUACAUCAAAGCUCUGAAGUACAUGUACAGGAGCCCCGAGGAUAUCGAUCUGCUAGUAGGCGGUUUGUUAGAGAAACCUAUUCCAGGUGCCGUGGUAGGCGCAACUUUCAACUGCCUACUGAAACACCAGUUCCAACUUCUCAAAGAAACCGACAGGUUUUGGUACGAAAACGAUCUACCGCCUAGUUCCCUAACCACCGAGCAGCUCAAAGAAAUCAAAAAAAUAACGCUAGCUGGACUACUUUGCGCCAAUACAGACAAUCUGGAUAGGAUCCAACCUAAAGCUUUCGUACAGGAAGAUCCCUAUUUGAAUUCCAGGAUAUCCUGCGACCAACACCCGCUACCCCAGUUAUCCGAAUGGGUGGAAAUGGAUCCGAUGUCGGACAUUUCGUCCGAUUUGCUAAUGGAAGCAUUAGAGAAAGCCGAACGAGAUUUGAUGGAGAGGAGGAAAACGGAGUACAAAGUGUGGAGCGAAGUCGGAGGUAUCAACCCGAAAUCUCCCCAAGGAGUAGCAGCCGCUUUCAGUAAAGCCAACAAAAACGCCUUGAAACUAGCCAACACCUCGCUUCUCUUCGAAUUCGCCUCCAACGAGAUAGUAAACUCCCUGCUACACAGGAGAAGAAAGAGGCAACUCUUCGAUAACCACGUCGUCGCUUCUCUAUUUAGAGAAGAAUUGAGCGACGCCUUGCAGCAAGUAGACUUCGGCGCUCUGUUACCCUCUCAAACCUUCGACGUCGAUUUACAAUGCGAUGAUACAGGUCCCUGUGAUCCCAACACACCUUUCAGAACUUACACUGGUCAUUGCAACAAUCUAAGAAACCCCAGUUAUGGUAAAAGUCUUACAACUUUUAAUAGGCUGCUUCCUAGUGUCUACGAUGAUGGUAUAUCGAAACCAAGAUCAAUCGGAGUAACCGGAGUACCUCUUCCGAAUCCACGAGUCAUCUCCAGAAUCAUCCACCCGGACAUCAGCAACCUCCACAGCCGGUACACGCUGAUGACGAUGCAGUUCGCGCAGUUCCUCGACCACGAUCUGACGAUGACGCCCAUCCACAAGGGUUUCCACGAGUCGAUACCCGAUUGCAGGUCGUGCGACAGCAGGCGCACGGUGCACCCGGAAUGCAACCCCUUCCCGAUACCGCCCGGGGAUAAUUACUAUCCGGAAAUCAACAUCACUUCGGGUGAGAGGAUGUGCAUUCCUUCGAUGCGAUCGUUGCCCGGUCAACAGAAGCUGGGCCCCAGGGAGCAGGUUAAUCAGAACACGGCGUUUUUGGACGCGUCCCAGGUGUACGGGGAGAACCACUGCGUGUUGAGGGACCUUAAGGGGCAGUUUGGUAAGAUGAACGCCACCACGCAUCCUGUGAGAGGGAAGGAAUUGCUGCCGCAGAGCGACAAACAUCCCGAAUGCAAGUCUCCUUCGGGGCAAUGCUUUAUAGCAGGUGAUGGUAGAGCUUCGGAACAACCGGCUUUAACUGCUAUACAUACGGUGUUUAUGCGCGAACACAACAGAUUGUCUGAUAUUCUGAGGCAAAUUAAUCCCCAUUGGGAGGAAGAUAAAGUUUUUGAACACGCUAGAAGGAUUGUUGUGGCCGAAAACCAGCAAAUUACUUACAACGAGUUUCUACCAAGGAUAUUAGGAUGGAACGCUAUGAAUCUCUACGGUUUGAAAUUGCUAAAUCAUGGAUACUACAAAGAGUACAAUCCUUCUUGUAACCCAUCGAUAUUUACCGAGUUUGCUUCGGCUGCUUUUAGAAUCGGUCAUUCGUUGUUAAGACCUCACAUACCAAGAAUGACUCCAAACUACCAAAUCAUCAACCCCCCGAUUCUCCUGCGCGACGGGUUCUUCAAAGUGGACAUCAUGAUGCGCGAGGGAAUGGUCGACGAGAUCACCAGAGGGCUCGUCUCCACGCCGAUGGAAACGCUCGACCAAUUCAUAACGGGCGAGGUGACCAAUCACCUGUUCGAAGACAGGAAGAUCCCCUUCUCGGGCGUCGAUCUCAUCAGUCUGAACCUCCAGAGGGCCAGAGACCACGGCAUACCGUCGUACAACAACUACCGGGCGCUGUGCAACCUCAAGCGAGCCUCGAGCUUCGAGGACUUGGCCAGGGAGAUACCCCCCGAAGUGAUAGCGAGGUUGAAGAAGAUCUACGCCACCGUCGACGAUAUCGAUUUGUUCCCGGGAGGGAUGAGCGAGAGGCCGUUGCAAGGCGGAUUGAUCGGUCCCACUUUCGGUUGCAUCAUCGCCCUGCAAUUCAGGCAAUUGCGAAAAUGCGAUAGAUUCUGGUACGAGAACGAAGAUCCGGUUGUGAGGUUCACCGAAGCUCAGUUAGCUGAGGUACGGAAGAUGACUUUGGCUAAAAUUUUGUGCGAAAAUAUGGAUAUUGAAGGUGAGAUGCAACGAGCUGCUUUCGAUCUACCGUCUAACUUCUUGAAUCCGAGAGUACCUUGCAACUCUUUGCCUACCAUCAACAUGAACGCCUGGAAAGAAACCACAAGAGGUCAGGGUUGCAUAAUAGGUGAUAAGCAAGUAGGUGUGGGGCAAUCGGCGUUCCCCAGCCCUUGCACCAGCUGUAUAUGCACCACUGAAGGGGGUAAUUGCGCUUCAUUGAAAAUCACCGAUUGCAGACAGUUGAUGAGAGAGUGGUCCAAAGAGGCUAUAUUGAGGGACGAAGUUUGCACUGCUCAAUGCGGUUUCCUGCUGAGAGAGUCCGGAUCGAAUACUCUGCCUCAAAAUCUCAAUCCGCCGCCUCUGCAGAGCGGGAGAGGCCUGAGGCCCCAAUUUCGAAGCCAAGGAUUCGACAGUACUGGAGACUUUAAAUUCCCCGAUCUCACCCCUUUCAUAGUCAAAUAAGUUUUCGUUGGAAUUGUUUCGUUUGUGCGGAGAACAGGGUACUUUAUUUCCUCCUGUAACUGGGGUUGAUUUACACGACUCGGUUACUUCGAACGCCCUGUAUAAUUGGACACUUUUAAAUAAUCAUUCUGUAUGUGUAAAGGAGAAUAUUUAUAUUUCCGUGCCAGCGAUUCUUUAGUUAUUGCGGAUGUGGUUUUUUCUAUAUGUGUAAUUUGUGUAAAAAUAUUGUAUAUAUUCUAAGUUGUAAAUGUGAUUAAUGUUAAUAAAAAACGUACUAAAUAUUUAUUAUAUGAGAUGUUUAAAUAAUUGUAACGAAAUGGAGGGCUCAUAAUAAAGUAACAUAAGUAGAUUUAGAUAAUUUAGAGGAUUAUUUUUAUGUGUAUUUCGCACGAAUUUAUGGAGUUUACUUAGCUGAUCGUGAAAUGAGAAGUGUAGUUUUAAUUAUCUCACAAUCAGUGGUAUAAAGUACAAUAAAACUAAUUAGGUGUAAUCAAUUCUUCUAGUAAUUAAUAUGUAAUAAAUAAUAUUAGUCUUGUGUUUCAACUCAUUGCAAAGACCUUCCUAUAUUUCUUCUAAUUGUUAAAAAAAUAAUUUAUUAUUUCUCUAAAAAU